UUUUCAGGUGGAAUUUGGCUCGAUACGAAUUAUCAAUAUCUGCCAAAUCGUCGUGGUGGCUUAAAUUUAAUUUAUAAUGGCUACUUAUACACGGCGGAACGCAAAUACAAUAGCACCGUCAACUGGGUAUGCAACAAAAAUAGCAACUCCCAGCUUAAAUGCCCCGCCAGAUGCGUUACAUCAGGCAACAACACCAUUAAGCUAAGUCGCAAACAGCAUAAUCACGAACCAGUCAUAACUAAUUAUGACAAUGAUAAUUACAAUCCACAACACUUUCAAAAAGCAAAUAUAAUGAUGAAGUGCCUAAAUUUAAGAAAAUAGUAGUGUAUUAUACUAUAAAUAACAAACAAUAAAAUAAGCGUUAACAAAGAAUAAAUUAUA